UUAGGUAGACAAAAUUUUGAUAAAAUGUUACCGGUUCGCUCCGUUGUUUUAUGUGUUCUCGCAGUAGUAGCUUCCACCCAGGGAGCCAAUAUACUGGGGAUCUACAGCGACCUCUUUCCCUCCCACUUAAUCAUCCACAUGUCCACGGCCAAGGCUCUGGCCGAAGCAGGACACAACGUGACCGUGGUAACAACAAUCCAGCCCAAGGUGAUGCACAAGGACAUCCACCUGAUUGUGGUGCCCGUCACGGAGGAACAGGAGCGCACUCUGGGAAAAGCGAUGGCCAUCAUGGCCGGGAACAAGAACGACGUCAUCAGCACAAGGUAUCUCCUCCUAAAUGAGCUGGAUGUGAUGAUCAGGAACCAGGCUGAUCUGCUUUCCGACCCGAGAUUCCUGAGCAUUUAUCAGACUAAAUUCGAUUUGUUGAUUUUGGGCUCCUUCUACAACGACUUCCAGUUGGGAGUUGCAGCCAAGCUGAAGGUUCCUGUGAUCGUCGAUUGGAUGAUACCGUCCAACAACGUGAUUGACGGGUUUGUGGCUAAUCCCUCUGAGAUCUCCUAUGUACCCAAUGCAUGCACCUAUGCCAGUGCUCCCAUGAGCAUUCUUAAACGGGCUGAGAACUUGGCCAAUCACCUGAUUCUCAAUUACUUGACCCGGCGAUUUGAUUACAAAUUUACUCGCAUAUACAAUGAAAUUUUUACAGAAAGAGAUUUUCCAACUCUAAAAGAGAUGAAAAAGAAUAUCUCAUUAAUCUUUGUGGGUUCACAUUUAAUCAGCGACCGUCCAAUUCGACCACUGGUUCCUGCGAUUGUUGAAAUCGGAGGAAUUCAAGUGAAGGAGACACCAGAUCCGCUGCCCACGGACAUUGAUCAGUUUCUAGAAAGGUCCACCAUGGGAGCCAUCUUCGUCUCAUUUGGCUCCAACAUCAAGAGUCAUAUGUUGAAGCCGGAAAUCGUCCAAAUCAUGUUUACAGUCCUGUCUGGCCUAAAACAAAACAUUAUCUGGAAGUGGGAGGACUUGGAGAAAACGCCAGGCAAUGCCUCAAACAUCCUGUACAAGGACUGGCUGCCCCAAGACGAUAUCCUGGCUCAUCCGAACACCAAGCUAUUUGUCAAUCACGCCGGAAAGAACAGCGUUACCGAAUCCCAAUACCAUGGUGUACCUAUGGUGGCCAUGCCCAUUUUCGGAGAUCACCCCGUGAACGCUGCCAUAUUGGUGCAAUCGGGAUACGGCGUGGCCCUUGACCUGCUCACCAUUACGGAAGACGGUUUCGGCAAGGCCAUUAACGAAGUCCUGGGGAAUGAAAAGUAUGGGCAUGCAGUUCGCAAAUUCUCCGCUCUGUACAGAGAUCGACCCCAAACUCCACGGCAGUCGGUUGUUUUCUGGACGGAGUACGUCCUGAGGCAUCAUGGUGCGCCCCAUUUGCAGAGUCCGGCGGUCCACAUGAGCUUCAUUGAGCUCCACAACCUGGACAUCUAUGCUCUAUUUGUGGCGAUCUUAGUCCUUCUUGCUCUCCUCGCCCGACUGGUCGGGAUUUACGUAGGUAUUUGGUAUUUAAAAAUAAAAGUAUUUAAAACUAAGAAAUUGAUUUAAAAUAUCUAAA